AUGAGUGAUGUACAAAGGACCUGGUGGCAGCAAUGGAGAGAUCCCGCCAAUGUCAAACAUAUGACCCCAGUGGUAGGUGGCCCCAGCCUGGCUACACUGCCCAAGUUGGCCUUCUGGGUUGAGGUGGGGCAGGGCACAAGAGUACUGUAUGGGGUCUGGAGGGGCAGUGGCUGCACUGAAGGACCCUCCUCUCCCCCUCAGAGAACCACUCAUGAUGCCUACAACCGGACAGAGGAGCAUGUGCUCAUCAACCGCCAUGACAUCACAAGUAGAAAGGAUGCCUGGGACAUGCAGGAGUUCAUCACUGGCAUGUAUGUCAAGCAGCUGCUCCAGCACCCUCUCUUCCAGCUGCUGCUGGCCGUGCUGCUGGUGAUCAAUGCCAUCACUAUUGCUCUCCGUACCAACGCCACCCUUCACCAGCAACACUAUGAGUUGUUCUCUACCAUAGAUGACAUUGUGCUGUCCAUCCUUGUCUGUGAGGUUCUCCUUGGCUGGCUCAAUGGCUUCUGGAUUUUCUGGAAGGACGGUUGGAACAUCCUCAACUUCGCUAUCGUCUUUAUGUUGCUCAUGGGGUUCUUCGUUAAUGAACUCAGUGUCAUCUCUAUCAACUACACCCUCAGGGCGUUACGUCUGAUACACGUGUGCAUGGCGGUGGAGCCCUUGGCCCGGAUCAUUCGUGUCAUCCUGCAGUCGGUGCCUGACAUGGCCAACAUUAUGGCUCUCAUCCUCUUCUUCAUGCUGGUGUUCUCUGUGUUUGGGGUUACACUUUUUGGUGCAUUCGUGCCCAAGCAUUUCCAGAACAUGCAGGUUGCCCUGUAUACUCUCUUCAUCUGCAUCACCCAGGAUGGCUGGGUGGACAUCUACAGUGAUUUCCAGACGGACAAAAGGGAGUACGCAAUGCAGGUUGGGGGUGCCAUCUACUUUGCCAUCUUCAUCACCAUCGGUGCCUUCAUUGGCAUCAACCUAUUUGUCGUUGUGGUGACCACCAAUCUUGAGCAAAUGAUGAAGGCAGGAAAGGAGGAGCGACAGAAUCAAAUAAAGUUUAAUGAGAUGGAUUCAGAGGAAGAGAAGGAGACAGAAACCGACCUGCCACUGGUGCACUGUCUAGUUGCCCGCUCGGAGAAAGCUGAAGUUCCCCAGGAACCACUUAUGGGGGGUUUCCUGUCAAACCUCUCUGAAAACACAUGCGACAACUUUUGCUUGGUGCUUGAGGCAAUACAGGAGAACUUGGUGCAAUACAAGGAGAUCCGAGAUGAGCUCAACACGAUCGUGGAGGAGGUGCGCUCCAUCCGCUUCAACCAGGAGCAGGAGGAGGAGAGGCUGCACAAACACGUGUCCAUGAGCGUGUCGCUCGAGAGUGGGUCCUCCUUGGACAUCCGCAAGAUGUCUCAACAGCAAGACUUGCUCACUGCACUUGUUAACAUGGAUAAGAAAAUUGAGGUGCUCCUGAGCAACUGCUUUCUGGAGACUCAUCACUGGAUCCUGGCUAAAGGUGCCUUCUCAGGAUGCUCCAGUGUCAGCAGGAUAGACCAGGGGCUCCGUGUCCAGGUUUUCACACUGAAGAAGAAGGAGGGUACCUGUGGACUCCACCUUUCUACCAACAACAGCCACGCCCUGUACUCUCUGGAGGUGCAGCUACUGCAUGUUCUCCUUGGCUUUAUCGAGACUACCUCCUCAAGGCUCAGCUUCAGCUGCGUGUAUCCCCUGGUGGUGAAUGUCAGCCAGACCCAGCCCUACCCGGUGGUCACCUUUCCAUAUAGCGUCAUCCAUGUUCCGGGCACUGGAGACACCAUCAUUAUCCUGGGAAUCUUCACAGACCCUCAGCUCUCAGCUCCUCUUGAGAACAGAACAGCUCCUCUUGGCAAGCCCCUCUUUGUGGUCCUCAGGGCCACAAGCAGUGAUCCAGACCGAUUUGCCCUGGUGGCCAAUGAGGUCUUUGCCAGUACCAACAUCUCCAGGAUGGGUGCUGUUAAGGCCACCUACCACUUUGUGAAUGAGAGGUAA